GAUUUUUUGCACUCUUUCAUCAACUGAAAUCAAAAAAUCCAUUUCGUGAAAAAAAUGUUGGCUGUUUUCGACAAAUCGGUGGCGAAAAGCCCCGAUGCAUUGGCGCAGAACCUCCAAAAUGAAUCUCUUCCCGCACUGGAAGACAAAUUCUUGGCCACCUAUUUCUCGUCCGUACACCCGGGCUCCGUCGUCAUCAACCUCGCCUCUGCCGGUUUCAUGGCCUACUCUUCUGAUCGCCAAACCCCCCUUCUCCCCAGACUGUUUGCAGUUGUGGACGGCAUAUUCUGCUUGUUCGAAGGGCAUAUCCAAAACGUCGCCCACCUUAAGCAGCAGUAUGGGUUAAACAAGACGGCGAAUGAGGUGAUCAUCGUUAUUGAGGCUUACAGGACGUUGAGGGACAGAGGCCCGUAUCCUGCUGAUCAAGUGGUCAGGGAUAUUCAAGGGAAGUUCGCCUUCGUCCUCUUUGACAGUGUCUCGAACAAUGCAUUUGUAGCAUCUGAUGCUGAUGGCAGUGUUCCCUUCUUUUGGGGGACCGAUGCGGAUGGCCAUCUCGUUCUCUCUACUGAUGGAGAAGUCGUCAAGCAAGGCUGUGGAAAAACAUUUGCUCCCUUUCCUAAAGGAUGUUUCUACACAUCUUCUGGAGGUCUCCGAAGCUACGAGCAUCCAGUUAACGAACUGAAGGCUGUGCCAAGAAUUGACAGCUCUGGCGAAGUUUGUGGCCUGACCUUUAAGGUGGAUGCAGAGUCGCGCAAAGGGAACACAGGAAUGCCUAGAGUUGGAAGCGACGCAAAUUGGUCCCAAAACUACUGAGAAAUCCAAUUGACUGACUUCAUCACCCUUAUGUCCGAGGCUUAUGUUAUUAUCGGCUGCGGAUUUCUCUCGUAUUUAAUUACUAUGAUGAGAUCGAAUCGAGCACUGUCACUUUUGAUGCUCUGUAAAACAAUGUCAGUUGCUUACUGAAGCCAUUUUGUUGGCCUUGAACCAUACGUAAAUAAAAUAAUCAAGACUACGCUGAGGUUGUGUUUUUA